GCACGGGGCUUGCCAAGAGAGAUCAGGUGGUCUCAUAACAAGCACAAGAAAGAAACUCGAGGAAAACGAUUGAACAAUGGACGCCACAUAUGGAGCCCUGGCCGAUCGAGUCCGCCAGCAAUGGACGGCAGCUAAGGCGCGCGGCCAGCGCAGGCUCGUCAUCGCCGUCGCCGGCCCGCCUGGGUCGGGCAAAACCACAAUCGCCCGUCACGUCGUCGACCUGGUGAGGCGCUCGCCGAACGGGCCCUCCAUCGUCGCCAUCUCCGCAGACGGCUUUCACCUACCGCUCUCCGCACUCGAAGCUCUCCCGAACGCGACCGAGGCGUUGGCCCGCAGGGGCGCGCCGUGGACGUUUGACGGCGCCGCGGCCGCGGACCUGGUCGACCGGCUCCGGGACCGGGCCGGCCGGGAUGCCGUGUCGGCGCCGACGUUUGACCACGCCGUCAAGGACCCGGUGCAAGGGGGACUGAGCGUGGCUCCCGACGUCGAGGUGUGUGUCUUUGAGGGGAAUUAUUUACUGUCCGACGAGGGUCCCUGGAGCAGCAUUGCUGACGGGGUGGAUGACCGGUGGCUGGUCCGGGUGGACGCCGAGCUGGCGGGCCGGCGGGUCGCGGCUCGACAUUUGGAGGCAGGGAUUGAGACGACGAUGGCUGACGCGCUGAGGCGGGCGCAGGGGAACGACAUGGUGAAUGGAGAAUACGUGAUGAAGCACAGUUUUGGGAGGUACGACGUUUUGGUCGAGAGUAUAGAAGAGCAGGAUCGUGGGAUUCCAUGA